UCUUUAUUAUUUGACAGAUACACAGAAAUCAGAUACGUACUCUCUACUGAGAACCAUGUGGAGAGGUGUGGUAUUGUGGAGUGUUUUUGUUGGCUCAAUUUCCUUGGUACAUGCUAACUUGUUGUGUCCUGGUGGAAACCCCAUUGUCAUCACAUUGUGCUCAGAUAGCAAUCCAUGUAAAUUAACAACAGAGUAUUGUCACCAGACAACAUGUUGUCCAAGGACUAUUAACACAGGAGUAAACAAGAAAUGCCCAGAUGGAGAUCCAAAGGAGAUCAAGGCCUGUAACUCUGAUGAGACCUGUAGCCCUGAUGUUGAGUUUUGUAAUAUUGGGACACAAACAUGUUGUCCCAAGAAAAUUAAUCAGGAUGGAGUAAAUAAGAAAUGCCCAGAUGGAGAUCCAAAGGAGAUCAAGGCCUGUAACUCUGAUGAGACCUGCAGCCCUGAUGUUGAGUUUUGUAAUACUGGGACACAAACAUGUUGUCCCAAGAAAAUUAAUCAGGAUGGAGCAUGCCCAGCAGUCCCUAAUGGUAUAGCAGGGAUUUGUGUGGAGGAGUGUUCGGGUAAUAAUGAUUGUCUCCAUGGCAAGAAGUGCUGCUCCAAUGGAUGUGGUCAUACCUGUCAAAAUCCAAUUAGAAAAGCUGGUAAAUGUCCCGCCAGCCUGAAGAAUCUUGGAGGAUUGUGUAUUGGUCAGGAGGACAUUCCAAACUGUAAAGCUGAUGAGGACUGCCCAGGGACAGACCUGUGCUGCAGGAGUGAUUGUGGGAUCAACGUCUGCUCGCCACCUGAAGAUAAGACCCCUUGUCAGCGAGAACUAGAGGCAGCCUCCCUUCAAGUUUUAUCACAGGUAGACAGCUGCAACCCAGUGUUUAUUCCAAGGUGUGACUCAAAAGGGAAAUAUGAAAGAACACAGUGUUAUGACCUUAAUGGAAUAUGCUUCUGUGUUUUACCAAACGGAACAAAAAUAACAGGAACAGAAGUUAGAGGAAAUCCAGACUGUUCCCGAGCUACCAAGCCAGGAGUAUGCCCACACUAUACAAGUCUACCAACCAUAGAUCUUCGUUGUAUGGAGACCUGUUCAACAGAUGACAGUUGCCAAGGCGACAAGAAAUGCUGUUCCAAUGGUUGUGGUUACCAUUGUAUGGGGCCUGUUGGACACAAUAGUGUUACCACAAGGAAGAAAAGAAAUGCACAGGCCCGCUGCUCCUAUGAUGCUCUGUUUGUACCACAAACGGAGUGCAAGACAGAUCCUAAUGUUUGUUCUGAAGGGUCUGUGUGUGAUCCAGUCACUCAAUGGUGCUGUCCUCCAAGGAGAGACAAGACAGCCGAAAAAUGUCCAGAAGGAUACAAGGUGCAGACGUUUUGUCCAAACAAUGAAAUCUGUCCACGAGGCCUGCAGUGUAUUGGAGGUUCCUGCUGUCCUGUUCCCUUGAAUUCAGCCUCAGGAAUAAUAGAAUACACCUGUAGAACUGAUAACUACCUUUCAGCAACAAAAUGUAAUGCUGAUGGAAAAUGUGCUAGUGGUUCCUUCCAUUGUGAAAAUGGGUUCUGCUGUCCCACAAGGUUAAAUGAUGGUGACCCUGCAGAAUAUCAGUGUAAAAUUGAUGGCUACAAGUCCACGAUACGAUGUAAUGGUGAAAGAACCUGUGCUAGUGAUUCAUUUCACUGUGAGAGUGGUUACUGCUGUCCCACCAGAUUAAAUAAAGGCACAAUAUGUAUAUAUCGCCGUUACAUAGCAACGUCAGUGACCUAUGUUGGGUCAGUUGCCUCUGGAACAAUGCCCUCAGUUGAUGCAUGCAAAGCAGCAUGUGAUCGUGAUACAAUUAGUGACUGUAUAGGGGUGGUUUAUCAAGAAAACACUGGCAAAUGUACAAAGUACCCCGACACAAGUCAUUUGACCAAGGUGGCCAGUUCUGAUUCUGAGUUUUUCGAGAGGCAUUGCCAAUUUUCUGCAGGACUGUGCCCAAACCGGAAUAAUGUCCUGAUGUCAGACGGUGUUCCUAAAACCUGUAACACUGACACAGAUUGUGAUGUCAAAAGUUUUGGUUGCAUUAAGGGACACUGUUGUCCUAAAGUUAGAAUUCCUACAGUGACUCAAGCAAAAACCUGUUCAAAUGGGGCUAAUCCAUCUAAGAAUGCAAAUGGUUUAACAAAGACAUGUAAGGUGGCUAGUGACUGUGGAGAACCAGCAAUAUGUGAGAACCAGAUUUGCUGUCCUACUCCAAUACAACAAGAAUUUUGUCCAAACAAAAGCUUGCCUCUGAUGGAGAAUGGAAAGCCUAAAGCUUGUAUGGGGAUUUUAUUGUCUGAGUGUGGGAACUCUGGGGACUACACAUGUAAAGGUUUAAGUGAAUCUAAGUUCUGCUGCCCCACAAGAACAGAUAACAAUGAACUUUGCCCAAACAAAGGAAUGCCAUUGUUGAAUUCUGCUGGCAAUGCCCAGAGGUGUUCCUCCACCAUGGACUGUGGGGACAGUACCUACAGCUGUCAAGGAUCCAACAUAGACGGUAACAAGUACUGCUGUCCAGCAAAACUGCUCCUCACAGAAAUGUGCCCCAAUAGGGGUUAUGUCCUGGUCCAUGACGGACACCCAAAGAGAUGUAGCUUGGAUUUUGAAUGUAUUAGUUCGAGUGGCGAAUUCUCCUGCGUCAGUAACUUCUGCUGUCCGAAGGACGUCAAUCAGGCUGUAUGUCCCAAUAACGGCCAACUGCUCUUAGAUGAAAAACAACAACCGAAACUCUGCACUGACAACAUAGAAUGCCAGGGGUCAGGAAAGGGAGCUUACUUCUGUAAUAACAAUGGAUACUGCUGCUCAGAGUUAGGUACCCUUUCUGUGUGCCCCAACAAUGGAAUGGUGAAAAUGUCUGACAACAAGCCAGUGAGCUGCGCCCAUGAUGCGGAUUGUGGGGAGGUAACCUGGUCUUGUCAAGGAGGCCACUGCUGUCCACGACCUAUUAAUACAGUUUGUCCCAAUGGAAAGGCUCCAAAGUGUUGUAAAUUGGAUUUGUGUGUGCAGCAUUCUUGUCCAUCUAAUCCAACAGCCCAGUGUCGGAUUAAUCCAUGUGGUGAUUGUAAGGCGGAGUUCUAUGAUGACAAAAACACACUUGUAGAUUGUUAUUCAGGUUUAAGUAGGUGUGAGAAGAUGAGAUUGAAGGCCCUGUCACUGAGUACAUUUUGGAGAGACACACAUUUAGAAUUUUCCAGACAGUACCUUGGACAAAUGAAAACAAAAACUGUGAAAGCAGAAGACAUGCCAUCUAUAGAAAGGGUGAUAUCGUCUGGUAAGGCUGGAGAAUGUUUAGGACUGGGUCCUUCAGCUGUGAAGACUCUUACUCAGGACUGUACAUCAGAUGAGGAUUGCCAGGGAACCAGUAAAUGCUGUUUGAACAAGUGCCAAGUUCCUAUUAAUGUAUUACCACAGCAGAAUUCCUGUGACCUACGUCCAGUGACUGGACCCUGUAAAGGUCAUAUGAUCAGAUACUUCUUCAACUCCACCAGUAAGAGAUGUGAACAGUUUGUAUUUGGAGGAUGUAGAGGCAAUGAAAACAACUUUGGUUCUCACAAAGCUUGCCUGAGAGCUUGCUCUGCAGCUGGACUUCCCCGUCAGUGCCUGCCUUCUCCUGAUCCUGGCAGAUGUAGGGCCAAAAUCCCCAUGUAUUUCUACAACAUCACCAGUAACAGGUGUGAUAAGUUUAGCUAUGGUGGAUGUGAAGGAAACAGGAAUCGGUUCCUGACCCUUACACAGUGUCUCAGUACAUGCAGCUCUAAGGAUGUGCAAGCUGCUCCUUGUGAGAAAGUGAGAUGCCCAGCAGGCACCAUAUGCUUACCUGUCAGUGACAAAACAGCCAAAUGUAUUUCUGACAAAAUACCACCCGUGAUAAAUGGUAACUUUGUGCCUGACUGCCUGGACGACGGACGUUUCGCGGAGAUGCAGUGUCAGGGUUCCCUGUGUUGGUGUGUGAAUGACAUUGGUAUUAUGAAACCUAACACCAUGAGAGUGGGCAAACCACCCUGCUACAGAUCAGUUACAGGAGCGACUGGCAUCUAUGAAGUAUCCAAAAUCCCAGAAUGUGCUGAUGGCAGUGCUCCUGUGUUGUGUGAUAAGAAUGAAUGUGAAACAAGAAAAUGUGAAGGGCAGAAUGAUGUUACUUGUGUGGUUGACCCCUGUAACAAGUGCAAGGUCUCCUUUGUAGAUGCCCAAAACAAGCCAGUCACCUGCAAUGUUGAUAAGUGUAGCCUUAAAAUACCCAUCUCCACAUCACGAAAUAAACAAGGAUGUGGAAACCUGGUACAGCGCUGGGUGUACGAUGCAAACAGUAAAAACUGUGAACAUUUCCUGUUCUCUGCAUGUGAUGGAGAAGAUCUGUAUUACCAGAGCCAGUGGGAGUGUAGAUCUAAAUGUAUUGGAGCUAUCUGUAAUGGAGGGGGACCCAAAAGUUGCAGCAGCAGUUGUACAGACCAGGUGUGCCAUCGAUUUCCUGCUGCUCAGUGUCAGAUCCACCCUUGCACUUGUGAAGUGAUCUUCUAUGAUCUGGUUUCCAAUGUUCCAGUGGAUUGUAAAUCUGUAACACCCCUUUGUCAGUUAAGAAGAUCCCAGGAAAAACGUAAAGCCUUGAUGAAAGAGAUUGCUGGUUCAAAGGUAUUGGAGUCAGUGCCUGUUUCAGUGUGUGAUGAUAGAGGCGAGUUUUCGCCACAACAGUGCAAUUCAGCCACAAGUAGAUGCUGGUGUGUGGAUGGACUGGGGAACCAUUUAAAGGGAUCAGAGAGAAAGGUCACCAGCCCAGCUGAAGACCUUGGCUGCUCUCAGAAUAAAACUAUGUCUGCCACAGUGUCUUUAUUAUUUAAAAUGGAUUAUGAUGUGCAUGUCAAAGGGAAAGAAGAUAAGCUUAAAAAGGUUGUCAUGGACAAUUUAAAGGAAAUAUCUCCCAAAAUGAUCCUGUACGUGAAGACUAUUAAGAUAAGAAAAGGUAGUGUUUAUGUUGAUAUUGAAUUUGGACAAAAAUCUGAUGGAUCAGAUCCAAUGGAUGUUGGAAGCUUGGUAAAUGUCCUGGAAAAUGAGGUACACCGUGGAAUGGACAUGAGAUUUGAAGGUCAGACUAUAACAGCUGAACCAGAUACAAUGACAAGAUUUACUUUCCAAGCUCAGACAUCAGGGGAUGUGUUACAAUCUCCCACAGCUGAAAAAGAGGAAAACCACUUAACAACUGUAGUGGUUGUCGUUGUCAUCUGCAUUGUUGCAUUAAUAGCCAUAGUGGUAUUUAUAGUGAUUCGAAAGAGGAAAAAUCAGCAAAACAAGGAAUUUACAACUUUAAGUCGCAGUGAUGCUGAAAGUCCACCAAUGAAACAAAACUCUGUAUACUACCAUAACCAGGCUUGUGACAGGAAGUGAUCACCCACAGGAUGUCACCACUCUAAAGAAAUCCAGGAAAUGCUCAGAAAUCCAUUUUGAUUUAGGACCACCACUGAAAUCAUUUUGUUUUUUAACCAUUCAUGUGCUAGCAUAUUUGUUAGAGUUUGUUGUUAAUGUCCAUUUGGUAUACUUUUGGAGGUUGAAUAUACAUGUAUGUUGUCAUGUAGGAUUUAGAGUAUAUUAUUAUAUAUGACAUUAUUAAAAUAGUCCAUAAGUAAAAAUCCAGAAAAUACAUUGUAAUUUGUCUUCUUGGGAUGUGAUGCAAUGUUGUGCCUGUAAAUACUAUCCAGCACCAAACAUGGAAUACCUGUACAAGUGUAAUCAGAGUGCAAACCUCUGUCAGGCUUCAGAAAUCAGUCCUGAAGGUCAGUCGUAGCAGAAAUCAGUCCUGAAGGUCAGUCGUAGCAUUUCGUAAAAUCUUGCAUAGAGCACUCCAAUAAAGAGAACCUAAAUACUGUACACCAACUUUUAUUCACGACGACUUUAUUUCACGAUUUACCAGUCAUAAGCUGGUUUGUGGCAACUAAUUUUCGCGACCAAGAUUAUCUUAAACAUACAAGAAAUAUUAAAGGUUUGGUUCACAGCGAGAAAUAUUCGCGAUGAAGAGGUUCUUGUAAACCUCGCGAAAAUUUCUCGCAUGUGAAUAAAAGUUGGUUUACAGUAUAACUCUGGCAGACGUAGAAAUACUGUACAAUCAGGUUUUAUAUGAAGGAUAUAAUAUGUAUAUAUAACUUACACUUUUCUCAAUGCGAAGCCUGUCCAGUCUAAACAAAUCUUGCUGUAUAUACAAUGUAUAAUGUGAUGCAGAUUCAGGUUUAAAAGUGCAAACUUUAUACUACAGAACAAUUUUCUAAAUAUGGAGAUUCAGCCAUCAAAGUGCAAUCUCUACACCAAUGAAGUAAUUUCUUAAUAUGCAUACAUAUUCAAUGAAGAUUUGCUAUAUUCAUUUUUUCUGUGAGCUUUAUGAUAUUGUAAACUUGUCUAAAUAAGUGUUAUGUUAUACGUGUAGGUUAUGUAGCUUUUCUAUUUUUGUAUCCUUUAGAUUAUUUUCUCUGCUCUCAUUGUCUGAAUACAAAUGUGAUUAGUCGUGUGGAUAUGGAAAAUAUCGCCAAAAUAAUUACCUCAAUUGUAAAAAGAAAUGGUGCUAUUUAAAAGAAAUAAACACUUUCAGUACAUAGUUGUUGGCUAACAAAUGUGCAGAAUCUCAUUCAAUCUUUUUAUUGGCAUGUAAAAAAAAAAAUGCAGUUUUUAUAUAAAUUAUAAUCAUAUCACUGUUACAACAAAAAAAACACAUUAAAAUUUUAAAAGAAAGUA